GAGUCCAGCCAGCCCCACAGUCAGGAUGCUACAGCCAUGGCAGCACUGGGGCAGCACUGCAGCCUGCCUGGCAUAGCAGGGCACAGAGCCAGGGACAUGCCUGCUGCUGCUUUUUGGCCUCCCUCUCUCUCCCUGUGAAACGCACCCAGGGAUUUGCAUGGACUUCACCACCCUUCAGUGAAGAGAGCCUGUGACUUGAAGGCUGAGCUCAAGGGCACAUCCAAGCAAGUCACCGGAGUUUUCCCUUUUGUUCUGCCUGCUGACCUCUGCUCUCUCCUCAUUACUCCCAAAAAAUGGAACGUUCCACACGAGAAAUUUGCCUCAACUUCAUGGUUGUCCUGAUUACUGUGAUCCUCAUGUGGCUCCUUGUGAAGUCUUAUCAGGAUUGAAAGACUCUCAGAAACUCUGGAGGUGACUUCAGUGUGUGCCUCCACAGACAUCAGUAACACCCACAGCAUGCCACAGCAAUUAGCUUUCAGUCAAUUGAGGAUGUUGUGAACCUUUAUUUUUUUACUCUCUCCUAUCUGUUGCCUGCUCUAAUGUUUGUAAUGGGUCUGUGAUGGUGUAAUUCUCUCAGUCUGCAGUGAUCCAGCUGUAAAGUGUAAGAUGCUUAGGAACAGUUUGAUGUGCCUGUCUCCUCUGGUAGUUUCUGUGAGUGCUGUACUCCCAGCCCACCAUGCUGGCUUGUUUGGCAUCAGUGUUGGGUUCUGGAGGGUGUGAAACUGCAGUGUGUAAUGUAAGAGCCUGUAUUAUCCAAUGUAAAAGGCAUAAACUUGCUUAGCAAAAAGGAAUGUGAAACCUCUGCUUCCACUUGCAUAUUUUGU